AUUCCAGAGACUUACUAAAAGAAUUUCCACAGCCUAAAAACUUGCUCAACAGCGUGAUUGGAAGAGCCCUGGGCAUUUCUCAUGCGAGGGACAAGCUGGUGUACAUCCAUACUAAUGGGCCAAGAAAAAAGAAAGUCACUCUGCAUAUAAAGUGGCCCAAGAACGUGGAAGUGGAAGGCUAUGGGACCAAGAAGAUUGAUGCCGAGAGGCAGGCAGCAGCUGCAGCAUGUCAGCUCUUCAAGGGCUGGGGUUUGCUGGGGCCCAGGAACGAGCUCUUCGAUGCUGCCAAGUACCGGCUUUUCGCGGACCAGCUCGGCUGUCCCGAUGAGAGGUGGUGCUCCGAGGGCAAGUGGCGCUCCAAGUCUGGCCCUUCUCUCGCCGACUUGUCCACCUGCUGGCGACGGAUGGAGCCGGAUGAUUCCAUCCAGCCCAUGGAACAGGGCAGGAUGCCGAAAGCCAUGAGGAGAGAAGAGCUGGAGGAAGGGGAGCUAGAGGAAGGGGAACUGGAGGAGGGAGAGCUGGAAGAAGAAGCCAUCGAUGUUUCUGAUUACCUACCUAUGGCACAUCAGGACGCUCGAACCCCGGGCAGAGACGCAAGCCGAGGAGGGAGUUCCAUUGAAAUGACAGACGACAACACUGCCAUCCGUGCCCUGACGCAGUUCCCGCUUCCCAAAAAUCUCCUGGCUCAAGUGAUUCAGAUUGCAACCUCUUCCUCCACAGUCAAGGUAAGGUGCUGUUUGACCCCUGCCAGGGACAAAGCUCAAGGGCUCCAACUGGAAUCACUUUGGAUGCUUUUCUUGGAACUGAGGAGAGAAGGGAAAUUAAAACUAGCCCUAGAAAAAUCAGCCUGA